AUCGUAUCAUUUUUUUCUAGCGUUUAGGAAUAUUUAUUCAUUUUCCUAGACUAUAAAUACGAGGAAGCUCAACGCGUACUACCACCAGCCUUCAUCUCUUCUGACUUUUCCCUCAAAUCAAAGAAAGGAAAAUCUUUCCUUAUUUCCUCAGUUUCUCUGAAUCAAAUUCAUCACCAUGACUGAGAGUGGGCUGACUGUUAAUCUCAAGGUUACCAUGUCAUGUGGAGGCUGCGUUGGGGCUGUGAAAAGGGUUUUGAGUAAAAUGGAAGGUGUCGAGUCUUAUCAUAUUGACGAAAAACUGCAAAAAGUGACUGUGAAAGUGAAUAAAAGUGUGACAGCAGACGAUGUAAAAAAAACUGUUUCAAAAACUGGAAAGAGAACCGAGUUUUGGGAAGAAGAGGCGUCUGCAGGACCUGAUGCCAAGCCUUCUGAAGCUGAUGCUUCAUCUGACCAAGUUCAGCAUGCUGCUUCAGAAGCUGCAAAGGGAAGUUCACCUCUUCCAGAUAAGGGAGCUGUCGAACUGGAUGCAAAACCUUCAGAAGAUGUUGCCACUACUGUCGCGGCGACUUGAAACGUCUAAGACUUUCUUCUUUGCCUAUACUUCAAGGCUUCCCUUUUAUAAUUACAGUAUAAAAUGAACUGUAUAAUAAUUGAUGUUUAACCACCAAUAUUGCUUUCUAGUUUUUUAUGUGCUUUUUUAAUGUUAUGGUCACUUCUCUUAUUAUAUGUACCAUACUGCCUCGAUGCCUUUAUGGCUUUAUGGAUACUUAAUCUUAGCAUUGAGACCAUUUUCAAGGA